CCCGCGCGGCCCAUCUUCCUCAGCUGCUUGGGCCCGCGCCCCAGCCCAGUUACAGCCCGCGUGCCUUAAGCUUGGGCCAGCCCCUUUUGGGCCCAAUUUCAGCAUAUCUCAGGCCCAAUUAUAGGGCAAUCCUUGGCCAGAAAUUAAACAGUGUGGCCCAAUUGAUAUUUAGCCAAUUUUUGUGUCCCAGAGUCUCUUAUCAGAUGAAGGAGGAUGCUUCCGACUGGUGGAUUGACCACAGGGAUCGGAGGCCGGAGGCGGAGCUUCAUGCACUCACGCGUAGCAAGUUCCUUCCCCAGAGCUUUUGGGACAGAAUGGAGCAUGAGUUUUACCACUUGCAGCAGGGUAGCUCCAAAGUGGAUGAGUAUAUCCGCACCUUCACCCGCAUGUGCCUUUUUGCGGGCGACGCAGUGAACACCGAUCCCAAGAAGGCCCACAAGUUUCUUAAGGGGCUCAAUCAGAGGAUCUGUGAACUAGUGGGAAGUCACGGACUGAUGUCUUUCGCAGAUACUGUUAGUCGGGCUCAGGAGGUAGAGAGCUGUCUUAUUUCGAUAGCCCCAGUCCCAUCAUAUUAUCAUGCCUCCCAGCCUUCUCAGACCGCUGCUCAGUAUGCUCAGCCCAUCUCAUCUGGGCCACCCGGCUCUAGCUCGGGCAAGAGGAAGUCCGAUUAUCAGAACAAGAAGAAGGGAAAGAAAGGGAACUUCGGCAGACGUGACGACCGACCCACUCAGGGUCAAAUGCCGAGGUGCCCUAAAUGCGGUAGAUUCCACACCGGAGAGUGCUUAGCAGACCAGCGAGCUUGUUACAACUACAACCGUCUGGGUCAUUAUGCCAGCGUCUGCACUGAACCGAAGAGACAGCAACAGCA